GUGAAGUAGACAUAAACAGUCAAUUGUAAGCAUAACAUUUUAACAAAGAAAACACCUUCGUAGAAAUUUAUUUAACGUAUUGAGUAAAUAAAUAAACUAGACAUGAUGAGAAAAUUGUUAAUAUUUAUGACAUUUUAUUUAAUGGAAUGCAUUGAUUGCUGUGCCAUACAGACUGAUCGACCGUUAACUGAAGAAGUGAAGAAGAAUUUGAAGUCACCAUGGCUGGUGCUUAUUACUGACGAAACUAUAACUUCACCAAUUGGCAUCAGUUAUGGCGCUAUUAUAAAAGAAAACAUUGUCUUAACCUCAGCAAAAGCAGUAUUAGAUCACGAAGUUGAUAAUUUAUUGGCUCUGACUGAUUGCGAGAUAGUUGAUUGGAACGAAAACUUAAGUCCAAAAUCUUGCCUGUCCAAAAGAGCAGCGUCAAUUUAUCCGAAUUAUGUCUCUAAAGAAAACAUAAUAGAUAGUGAUUGGGUCAUGUUAAUUUUGGAAGAGCCUUUUGAACUGACCAAUAGAAUAAAUACAAUUCCAAUAAUAAAUGAUGAUAAUUUUGAUGAUAUUGAUAAAAAUAAUUGUUUUGUGUACCAGUGGAUGCUUGAACAUAAUACCAUUGAUGUCGUACCUAUCACAUUUCAAUACCGGUUGGGCCCUGAUGAAGCAGGAUUCAAAAUAGUUGAAGAUGAAGUAGAAAAAUUAAUCACUGGUGGAGAUUGUUUUCUCGAUUCUUGUCCAAAUCUUUUGACCACUGGGGGCUAUACGACGUUCACUGUUAGUUUUUUGGGAAGUCCAAUCGCAUGUUCACUGAAAAAUGAUCCAAGUCAAUAUAUACAAACUGGCUUAGCGACAGUUGUCUACGAACUAUAUCGCUCAGUAAAUGAAAACACAGCAAACAAAUAUGAAAUAUCAGAAGGAAGUUUAUAUGAUCUAUCUUUUCAACGAAAAGAAAUUAAUGAGACACUAAUGUCUGUUAUUGAUGCGAUACAGUGAAUGUAAACAUUGUUAUAAAAAAGGUAAAUUCUAACCAUAAAUGUAUGAAAAUUUUUGUCUCAUGCACAAUAUUUUCUUUGUAAUAUAAGAAAAAUAUUAAUAAAUUGUUGGAAAAUCUAAAAGCGCACAUCUCA